AUGGCACUUCCGUGUCCGGUGCCGAUUUCGCAAGUCCCUGGUCGGCGGGAAGCUCCAAAUUCCGACCAGGGAGGGAGGACCUCAACAGAUCUGAGGCUCGCACGCCCCACCUCUACCACGCAGCGGUCCGGUCAGCCGUCUACUCGACCCCAAUUCCCCAGCUCUGAGCCGGGGAAUAGCCAAGAAGCAACGGGGUCGGCUGCACCUAGGCCAGCUGAGGCCGGUCUGGCGGGUUCUUCGGGUCCUCAGGAGCGGGUGCCUUACGCUCCUGGAUGGGCUGUUUUCGAUGGCGACUCGGCCCUCGAUAAUGCACAAGGGGCGCGCGAAGUUCUUCGGGUCGCGCUGCUCCCGGCCGACCAGGCCAAAAUUCGGUCCAUGAACUACGGCGAGUUCAUGGACUCCGCUAUUUGCUCUUCCAUCCGACGCCUCCACGAGACCGAGACGAUGAUUCACAUCAUCCAGGACUAUCGGGACCGGGCCCGAAGGCAUCAAAGGGGGCGCGAGGAGGCCGAAACAAAGUUCCUCGCGUCUGAGGCCGAGCAGAAAGUGCUUCAAGCGAAGCUAGGGGCGGCCGAAGACGAGGUUCGGACUCUGGUCGCCGAACUUGAAGAGGAGAAGGGCGCGCACUCUUUGACUAUGUCUGAAGUGCGCGCCGCGGAGGCCCGCCGGACGGAGGCCGAAUCGUCGCUCGCUAUACGCGAGCAGGAGGUGGGGGAGGCUCGAAUAAAGGUCCGAGAUCUCGAGAUCCGUCUACUUGACGUGCAAUCUCUGCUCGCGGAUCGUGAAAGAGAAAUAAAGAUUUUGGAGCGGAAGGCCGCCUACCACGAGGCUCGAGAGAAGGAGGCCCGGGAGCAGGCCCAGGACACCGUCAAGCUCUUCCGCGAAUCGGAAGAGUUUUGCGACUUGAUGGAAGAGGAAGGCGUCAAUGGUCUCAUCCAGGGCUUCAAGGACUUCCGCAAUCAGUUGCGGCGACUUCUCCCAGAUUUCGACCUUAGCCUGCUUCAACCAGGCGCUGGGGUCGAAAACCCAGAAGCGGAGGCGGAGGUAGAGGUUCCAACCUCUGGCGGGACCGACCAGGAGGGUCAAGCUGAAGAAGGCGAGAUCGCUCUUGAGGUCACCGAGGCAGCUCCCAAAGCCACCGUGGGGGCCUCGGCCGCAGAAGAGCCAACUGUUCCUGAAGUCGUCGGGCCUGAGCCCUUGGUGUAG